CUCUACCUGCCUGCUGGGAGCGCCGAGUGGCUGCUCAGUGGCUCCUCCUUGGGCAUGGGUCCUGGGACUUUAAGCUCCAAAUAAGGCGCGGUUCCGGCCCGCCUGCUCUCCCCCACCCUCCGGUCACUCCCUCUCUCCCGAGCCUCGUAAUGCAGCCUCAGGGGGGCCCUGCGGGAAGCCCGUCUUGCCCGCGUGGGUGGGGAGGGCGGCAGCGGCAUCCCCCUGGAUCUCUGCUAAUAGUCGCCGCUUUGUUUUUGUACCAGGCCUGCGUCACUAUGGCUGAGGGCGACAGCCUCAUCUCUGUGGAUUAUGAAGUCUUUGGGAAGGUCCAAGGAGUGUUCUUCCGCAAGCACACCCAGGCUGAGGGUAAGAAGCUGGGGGUGGUUGGCUGGGUCCAAAACACCGAAGACGGCACUGUGCAAGGACAAAUCCAAGGUCCCAGUGUCAAGGUACGGCAGCUGCAGGAAUGGCUCAGGAAGACAGGAAGCCCCAAAUCCCACAUCGACCGAGCAGAAUUCCGCAAUGAGAAGAAGAUUGUUGCACUGGAGUACAGGAACUUCAGUAUUGUGAAAUAACUAGACAGAAAGCACUGAGAAGGGAGUUGAGCUCUCAAAAACUUCCCCACCAACCUUUACUUGUUCAGUCAGAUAGUGUCCAAAUACAGAGAGCCCUUAGUUUUAUCUUGUUACUCUUCUAAUUUAUUGUCUGUUUGUUAUACUAUUUAACCCUGAACCUUCCUGAAUCCCAUGGGCAGGAAAACAGGCAGACUAGAGGGUGAGACUGCCUUUAAUAAAGGGAUUGUUUGGAAACCCAA